ACUCUUUGCAAUGAAUACAAUUGGAUUGAUUGCUCAUCACAAAAUCAGGAAAAUACUCAUAUUGCUUUCUGUGGAGAUCUGUUUGAUUUGUCAUUUGAUCUGCCAUUUAGUGAUUUCCUUCCUCCUACUGUGUCCCUCAGAUUUUGGAUGCAGGGUGAAAGUGUUGAUCUAGCGCUGUAUCUGCCAGACACUAGUACCAGUCGAUGUGUCUUGCUAGGUUUAGAUGCCCAUGCAAAAGUUUUGGGUCGUGAUGGAAAUAUCUUGCAGCGCAAAGAACCAGUGCGUAAAUGGCGUAAUCAUUGUCAGAAAAGUAAUGGAUGGGUGGAUUGUUGGGCUGUGCCUAUUGUAGCACUGUGUAUUAAUUACACAUAUCACCCUGCUCCACCUCUUGGACCACCUCCACAAGCUGAUAUUACAACACCAGAGAAAGAGGAGAUUUUGUUGUCUCCUAUGCGAAUACCACGAUGCCGGAAAUCCCCUGGUCUUCAGUGGUCCCAGGAGGGAGGUCAACGGUUUGAUCCCACCACAUUAGCUCCAGAUGAAGUAAGUUUGGAGCUUGAGAUUGGUCCUUCUGUUUUGUUUUUAUAUGGCUCAUGGUUGCGUAAUUUCAUGCAUUUAAAGGAAAACAUUUUUGGAGAAGAUCAAAUGUUUACUGAUAUGCAUCAAAGCCGCCCCACUAACCAGUCAACGUCUGGCACUGGAGAUGCUCCUGUUGCUGGCAGUACGUCUGAUCCAUCAGGAACUGUUGAUGAUUCUGAUAGCAAACCUCGUGAAUUUGACCCACGGCAGUACAGACCCAUUGAAGUGCGAGUUUCUAUUACCAUGCACGAUAUUCAAGGGCAUCUUAUGAAGAGUUGUGGGCCUGGUGAUCCCCCGUGUCCCAGUAUUCUUUUGGAGCGAUUUGGAUUUGAAAUGAAAAAAGGUUAUCGUGAGACUCAGCUUCAACUUUUAUUGUCUCCUGCUGUGUUGUUGACAAGUGACUGUGUCCCGAGACCAGGUCGUGAUCGCCACCUGGCACAAGGACAUCUAAUGUUGUCUGGGUUGCAAGUUCGGGGUCAUGCAAUGUUCAGUGAUGAAGGUCGAAGUCUUGAUCAAGAUACACUAGAAUAUGCUUGGUUACUUGAAGUGCAACUUGGCAAACUCUCAGGAAAACUUACUGCACCCCAGCUUCAUCACUUAGUAACUUCUUUGGAAACAUUACUACUUUUAUGUAAAGACUCUGAAAAUGGCUUACGAGCACCAAGAUUACCUCGAAUGUGCCACCAUGGUGUACCACCAGCUCAGUGUUCAGAAUCUGAUCCAGACAAUCGCUACCAUUGUCCUACUGGAGAUGAAAUCAAAUAUAGGAUGACCCGUGCUGCCAUUGAUUGUAUUGAUCUGUACCUACUAGAAAAUGGGACAGCAAUUCAGUUGUGGGCAUCUCCAAUAAGAAUUUCAACUUGCAAUCUACAUGGACAGCGAGUAAAGUCAGGAGUGACAGCUGUGUUGCCUGCUGUGAGGAUACGCCAGUUAGUUGCCUCUGGAGCAGGGUUUGGUGCCAACCACAGCAGUUCCAACACAACAGGCAGUGGACGUUCCCAACAUAGUGCUCACUAUGUCUCUGAGCUCUGGCUAGAAGUAGGGAGUGCUUCUCUUGGUCCUGUGCUCCUGGAGGCUGCUCUGUCCCUCCCUUCUCUGCCCACUUCGGUACGCAGUACUCACCUAGUUCAGCAUCAGUAUUUAAAGGUCCAUGAUGCAAUCACUCAUCGUCUAUGGUUUCUUUGGGCUGGGACUGACUCCAAGCCAUCUGGCCGCUGUGGCUGUGUAGGAGGUUGUGCAUUCUUUGGAUCAAAUCGCAAUGGCCCUCGUUUCUUCAGGCCUUCUGCCCAGGAUUUGCAGGAUGGAGUAAAUGUUGCUGCCUUCAGGGUGCAUGAGGCUGGUAGAGAUCCAGGAUUUGGCCAGAGUAUUCUUCUUGAGGGUCAAUUAGUUUUUCAUACACCUCCUUAUGACUCUCAGGAUGUUUCAUUGCAAGAACCAGCUGCACCUGCAACAGCUCCAUCAAAUCUUAAGGUUCCAGCACCCGAUCGCCUCUCAGGAGAGAGCCCUGGGUCAGGCAGAGAGCGAGGUAGCUCAGCUGAGGGGAAUGGUAGCUCUCGCCUCAGCACGGCUUCACCAAGCCCAGCUGGGGGACAUGGUGAACGAAGAGGCCUAGGAAGGCGCUUCUCAUACACAGCAGCUGGUGGUGCUAAAGCUGUGUCAGGUGUUGGUGAUGUACCAUACGCAAGAUUGGUGGAACACAGUCCUACAGGACUUCUUGCUCCAAAAUUGGACAGUGACUCUCGGUUGGAUGCAGGGCGCAACACAGGGCUCUGUGCUCCAGCUUCAGAUACUCCUCCGAAAAGUAGUGCGUCAGAUUCACGCCUUGCCCUUGAUUACUUCCAGACUGCUGCUGCACCUGAUGGGACUGCAACAGGCUCUGUAAACCAUGCAGUUGGGGAUUCAGGAGGACCAUUGACAUCUCCUGGAGGUGUAAGAGACUCGCAACAAUCAUUGGCUGCUACAGUGGCUUCAGGAGCAAUUUCAGCCGCUGAAGCUGACGAGUUGCUUCGACAGGAAGUGCAACGUACUAUUUCCAUGAGUAGUGAAAACCACUCAGAAGCAUUCUACUCAGCAGAUGAGGAUGUGGCCAGUCAACAGGCCAGUCGUGCUUCAUCAUUACGACACUCGGCCACUUUGGGCCGCCAAGACAGCACUGGGGCUGGUGCUCAUUCUCGAAAGAAAUUCAGAAGUGAACUGAGCAUUGCAGCAGGUCCUGGCCAACAAGCUGCUACAACUGCUGCCCUUGCAGGUGCAUCUGGCUCCACAGGAGAGCCUCGUGCACGACUCAGCUCUCACCGCAGUGACCAUGAAAUUCACACACCCGAACAUCGGCACCAACUGUUAGGCCGUCCUGAUGGGGGGGUUGAGGAAGAUAAACGCAGUGUAGGAGGUGUGUCUACUCAUGGUGCUCCACAAUCUACUGCAACUGCCAGCCGAUAUUACACUUGUGAAAUGGGCAUGGGGCUUCAGGACUUGGUAGAAGGGCAGGAUGGUAUUUUGAUUGAUUCUUCUGACACACAUUCCGUCUCCAGCACUAGUUUUAUAUCAGCAGUAUCAUCUCAAGAGGAUCUCACACUCGUCAAUUUACAUAUGCAAGUCAACAAACCUAUUGUGGAUUCUCCAUUGUUGAUGUCGAGUUACAUCAGUCAUCUAUCACAAAUGAGUUGUGGUAAUUGGAGUCAAUCCUCUUUGCCAACUGGUUGUGAUGCUUUCACUGUACCUCUCUUCCAAAGAACUGAAGAUGGCAAGUUGGUAUAUAUAGGAAGUCGUUAUACACCCCGCUUUGAGCUUCAAUCUGAGGGCUUCACUUCUUUGAAAAUGGUGGGCCGACCCAGUGAAGGUGUUGCCUCCCCACCUCCACCUAGCAGUCGCACUCCAACUCACCCGUAUGUGUGGGAAAACAAUGAAUUGUCAGGAGAGGAAGUAGAUGACUGUGAAAUUGGUGUAGAAGAGGAACUUCUUGCAUUAUCAACUGAAGGAAGUUCACGAACAACUGUCAUUCUCAAGUUGAAAGGGGAUGUUGAUAUUAUGUUAUCUCCACUUGUGCUUGAAUCAUUGCAGAGGUUCAUUGAUGCUGUAACUCCAACGUUAGCCAGUUUGCACCCUCUUACUGUAUUGAAUCACCUGCACGCUGGUUGCAUUGACCAGGUAGAAGCUGCUAAUGUUCUGAAGCGUGAUCAUGCAUAUCUGGCGCAGCUGCAGGCUUCCAGCAAGCGCAGCACAGCAGAACGUGGAACUGCUGCGGUAGGCGCUCCAGCAGCAACAUUGCAGUCUAGCGUUUAUGAGGAAAGCAUUUCUACCCAGACUCAAGGAACUAUUGUUUUGCCCAAGGUGAACAUCACUCUGCUACAAGCUUCAGUUGUUGAAGAAGUAAUUUCAUUCUCUGCUUUGGACAAUAUUCGUGAUCUCACAUGUGUCUCCUUGUUUGCGGUUUGUUUUGAAGGGAUUGUAACUCGCUUCCAUGUUGGCAAACAAGCUCGUGAAGUGGUACAAACAUUCCAGCGACCAGCUGUGUUACCAGGCUCCUACAAGAAGGUUAGCAAAAUGAGCAAAGCAUUUCUGUUGGGUCACCAAGUUACUGCCGUUGGAGGAGAUGCUUUAGGAGGUGAACCUGUGUACAUCGAGACAUCUGAAAAGCAGCAAGAAGAAACAGUUGUUACCCUAGGGAUUAGUAAAAUCCAUGCUCAGCUGCGCCGACUCAAGAAUGAGAGCUCUAUUCUGAAGGAUGCCAUAAUAACGGCCAUACCUGCACAUUACUCAAGAGUGCUUUUCACGUGCACACGCGUCUCGUCCCCUGCAAGGGACGUAGACUACUACACACGCUCUGCUGCUCCCGCUCCUCCUGCUCCUCCCCCCAUGCCCCCUCCGCCCUUACAGCCAGUGCCUGAAUCUGCCUCAGCAGAAGGGGUUCAACAACAUAGACCUUCACUAACAAAUGACCUGAGUGCGGGAAACGAAGAUUCUCUUGGAUUCAUCAUGUUUGAAUGUGGACUGGAAGGAGUGUCGGUGAAAGUUGUAAAGCGUUCUCUCUUUGACAAAAGUGAAAGUCCUGAUGAAACUAAAACAGUUGGUGCUGAUGGAGACACUACAUAUACAGACACUGUUCACUCCAGAGAAGAUGCAGAGGCUGCAGAUAAACAUUUGACAGAUAAUACAGGUAAUCAGCCAGGAAGCAAGAGCAAAAUAACCGCUGGUCCUCAAACAUCAGGAACUGGCGGCCCUGCAACUUCAAACCCUUCUUCUGGAGGGGCAACAUUGGCUCCCAAUCAGUCCACUGGGAACCCAGGCUCAGCUACUGGAGCUUCUACAACAGCAAGCAACAGCGUGCCUGCACCCAGUGCUACUGGGGGAGGUACUACUGUUGCUGAUUCUGCCAGCGGGGCGGCUUCUGGAGGUGCAGGUGCCAGUGCUGGGGAGGCUACUGGGCAAACAGGAGAUGAACCCACUGCUGAGACACCCUCUGCCACUGCACCUGUGGCAAAUGAGACCAAUAGCAAUGCAUCUUCUUGUGUAAUCGAAUUUCGUACUAUAUUGGAUUGGAACUUGCUUUCAACUGCAUCCCCUGCAAUAAAUGCAUGGAUGAAUCCUAGCAAUCGUUUUGCCAUUCGUCUUGUGCACAUGAUUCGAAGUGUAUAUCGCAGACAAACUGGAAUUGUAGCUAGCCUCAUGGCAGAAGGUCUGGAUGUACAGAGUAUUCAUGUACCCACAAAGAGUCGUUACGGACGAUACACUCCUUUAGCAAAAACAUUGCAAGAAGAUCCUAGCUGUCAGUUAUGCAGUGUGCUUCAAAAGUAUGUGCUUCAGACUGACUUAACCACUAUUGAAGCAAAUCUUUCAGAUGCAGAUUUACCCAUGUUGUCAACAUUGCGCCAGGGUGUGAUAGUGUUGAGCCGACAGUGGAAAAAUGUGCUUUACACUCCUCUCUUACUUGAACAUAAUUACAAAAGUAAGCAACUGAAGCCUCUUAAUGUCAGAUUUGCCUUACCUACUGACUUCGAUGAGGAAAACGUGCUGACGGACGGGGAGGGCGAGGGCUCCGGCGAGGAAUGCGAAGUGACUGACGAGUGCGCCAUGCUGCUCCACACGGAAGGCAGCUCCCACAAGGGCUCGCUGCGCCCCUCGCAUGACAAGGGAGGACCUGGCUUGAAGCCGGAUGAGCUGCUGGUGCCGGCACCACCGGUGACUGUGGGCCUGGGGCCUGAGCACACCCCACUGGCUACGCCAGGAAUUGUGGUUGGGGGAGUGGACAGCUUAUUCAACUCCCCAUCGCCCCCUGGGGCUGGCUCAGCUCCCAGUGGAGGGGGCUUGCCAGCACCUACAGUGGCAGCUUCACACUGUAGUGUACAUCGACGCCACAAGCGCUCCUUGGCGCCUACUCAUCCACCUAGUUCAUCACGUGCCAGUAUUGUGUUCCCCAUCUUGCCUGGCAGCAACCCCUUUGCCAACACCAGCACAAAGAAAUUUGACACCGACCAAGGCAUUGGUUAUGGACCACUUCGAGAGGAGCGAACUGCACCCCCCCAUGCUAUGGGGUCAAACCCCAGUCUGUAUUCUGGUGCACAUGGGAGCCAUCAUUCAGCUGGGAGUUUGGAUAACAACCUCUCUCCUAGUGGGGCUACUGGCCAUGCCAGUGAGGAUCUGUAUAGUUGGAUGGCAAAACAGCAAGAUUUUACUCAUCAUGCAUUACGUCGUGAUCAUUGGGAGUCCAAGUUGAAUACUUUAACAACUGAGGACACACUGGAAGAGCCUGAACUUCCGAUCCCAGCUGCAGGUGGAUGUAGCCUGUACCCCUUGCAAGAUUCAUUGCGCCUCUUAGAUGCCCAUUUGAUAUUUGAGCCUCUACUUUCCAGUCUGGGAGUGGAUGUAGGCUCUGUUGGAGGUCCAGCAGUAGCAGGCAGCUCGAAUAUGCCAUCUUCAUUGGACACUUGGGGCUCCAAUCUUUCUUUGGUAGGCAGCAUUGAUACAAUGCGUGUCGAUAUAGUAGUUAGUGAAUAUGGCAAAGCAUCUGACAAGAAAAAGAAAACUGCUGCAACAAAUAAAUCUGCCAAACAUCCUGGAAAUACAGGAGGUUCUGGAACUGGGAGGUUCCAUCUUGAUAUUCCUCCUGAGACACCAGCUUUUCUGUGUGAAAAAAUGGGUGUGGAGUUAGAUCUGCGUCAGCAAGGUGACAUGACAGUUGAUGAACUUGUUCAAAAGCAAAAUAUAUUGUAUAUUUCACGCGGACAACUUAAGAAGCAUUCAAGCACGGUUAUAAACGUCAGUCUCAAUGUUCGCUACAUUUCACAACAGGUUAACAUGCCUCUUCUGCGUCUUCUUCACCAAAUUUCUAACAUGUAUCAGAAUGUGAAAGACACACAAAUGGAACUAAAGGAACAACAACCAGAGGGCAAACAAGAUUCAGGACCACUUGACCCUCUUGGUCGGAAAAAUAAUUCUUCUUCAACUUCAGAUUUACAAGAGCAUGUGGCAGUGAAGACCGUUGGUCCUUCUGGAGAGAUAGGUGCAGGAUUGCUGCGACCUCACAAACACGUGUCACCAUCAGCAUCUUUGCGGUCACGGCCUCAAAGUUUCGCUCAGAAACUGCGAUCAACUAGUAAGAGUGUUAAAGGCUACAUGAAUCUUAGUGAAGGAGUUACAACUCCAAUGUUUGCUGUGAGUCCUUCAGGUUCUGGAUUAGAACAUGUUACUCUGUCUACUGAGAAAGCAAAGGAAAUUCCAGGAAAUACUCCAAGAUGUUGGAAGACUGUGUAUUAUCUGUUGGAAUUGUAUGCCAGUAUGCCUGAGACAAAAACAAUUCCUCACAGAUUUUCAGUAGCACCAGAUGUAUCUGAGGGUUACAAGGGAAGUCGCAAGUAUGAUGUGUUGUCUGAAGGUAAAGCAAGUGAUGAUUUGGAGAGAGGACCAGAUCCAGUACGAUCCACCCCUGUACCACAGGAGAGACUUCGAGAUUUAGGAGUGGUGUCAGGAGAGAGGACACGUCUUGUGGUGUUUGGUGUAGCUCGCAUCCAUCGAACACGGCUUUUGGCUACAUUGAGUGGACUGAAGUUAGAAGCUGAGAUUACAAGUUUACAUUCCAGUUUAACAUGCCGCAAAAAGUCUCGGCCAGCAAGUCUUGAAUGUUCCCUCACUGGUCAGGUUGGUCGUACCAUGAUUGUUCUUCUGGAAGGUGUAGCUCCAAAUCAACAGACCGUGGUUCGAGUGACAGUUGGCAAAUCACAGGCUUUGUACUCUAGUAUCACACGUCGUUCGAAAGAUCGCAAUUCAGGCUUAUUAACUGUUGGUGCUGUUAAUGUGGAUAUCCCCCAACACCCUGUGGCAUUACAUGGUAUGAUGACUCGAGGAAGCAAACAAUUGUCAUCUACUCUACAGGAAUUACGUGUAACUCGUACUGCUAGUCGUUUAAGUCGAGGUGCAACUGUGGAUGAGACUGACCUUGGAACUCAUCAUUCUCCCCGCCAUGUUAUGACUGCUUCACAUCCGGCAGCAGGUUCAUCUCGACAGCGCCCAGAAUCAUCUCUUCUACAGCCUUUAGUCAUGCAAUUUUCCAUUGUGCUCCAGAGUUUAAGUAUUACUGCUGCACUCCUUCCCUCUUUGCAAGCACAAUAUAAGAUGGACCAGGUGAAUAGCACUGGUGUGACUGGAAGCAAAGCAAAGUUUACAGUUGACUUGCCAAGACAUUCUUUGUCUUUUACUACUAAAUUGCAAGUGACGGAAGCCAACUUGCCUUCUGAAGCAAGCAUUGAACUUCCCAAAGUUCAUGUGUCUGCUGAAUAUGUUCAGGAUGGUAGUAAUCCUCGAGAAACACAGUAUGCAGAUGGGGUAGUAUUGCGGCAGGGCAGCUACCUCAGUGCCGUAGCUGAUAUUGGCAUAUUUGAACAUUCUCUUACCACAGAUCUUCUCAACCAUCUUGUCUUUGUUCAGAAAGUGUUCAUGAAGGAAGUGAACGAAGUGGUUCAAAAAGUGUAUGGUGGUGAGAAACCUGUUCCUUUGUGGAUGGAAGGAGGUGAGGAGUCAGCCACUUCUUCGCUCAAGCGCAUUCUGUUUUCACUUGUCAUCAGAAUAAAGCGAAUUCAAUUGACGGCAACUACACCUACAAAUUCAGCUGUACGACUAGAAACAGGUGCUGUUGAGCUGCAAUUGUCUAAUCGUGUUCAGAAUGUGUCUGGGUGUGCUCAACCUAAUCCAUACAUGAAGCUUUUCGGAAAGGCUCAAGUAGAUGUAAAUCUUAGCCUUGGACAACUGCUAAAGAAUGUCAUGUUUGAAGAAGCAGAACCUGAGUUCCAGCAGUAUGCCUUCUUCAAGACUCGCAUUGGCCUUCGAAAUGCUUUCCAAGAUGAAAUGGUGCAAGGGGAGGAGAAAGAAGUGGUGUUAAUAACUCUUCGCAGACCACUAAUGUACAUCCAACCUAUGGCAGUAGACAAAGCCAUUCUGGUGUGGUUGAACUAUAAAAAUGCUUAUGAGUACUGGAAUGAACAACGGUCCAGCCUUAAUAAGGAAGUGUUGACUGCCACUCAGCAGGUCUUUGAGAAAGUGCCCUUUGGCCAACUGACUAGUCAGUUGAGUGCUCCGCAUCUGGGUACACUCUUCCUUCAGUUGACUGUAGAUGAUAUGGGCUUAUGUCUGCCUCUGAAUCCUGUUCCUCCAGCCUCAUGGGGUCGCAGUCGCCAACUGUAUGAAGCAGAGAGUCGAGGUGCUGUGGUUGUGACUCUUGAAUCAACCAGCAUAUCAGCUUGUAGCUCUGGUUCUCUUGUCAGCAAGGGACGGUUUGUUGGAUUAUGCUUGCGAUUUGCUGAUGAUUUUGAAACCAGUUUGGAUGAUUGGAAACCAGAUAUGAGUGACAGCACUAUCAUGAAUCUGUGUGUUGUGUCAGAGGGCACGUAUGAAGUUUGUAGCCGUACUAUUGCCCAGAAACAGGGAACAGAUAAUGCAAAAUGGUUGUUAAAUGUACAAUGGCAAAUGGAGGGAGUUGACAUUCAUCUGGAUGUAAAUGUUGGCAAGCAGUUAUCUGCUCUGGGCCACACACUUACUACUCUCACUGGUAGUCAGGAGGAUGAAGAGCAAGUACGUACAGACUACGACAGUGAUGAUGCUGACCAGCCAGAUGGCAAUGCUGCCUCUUUGGAGAGUAUCAGCCUUCGUCGUUCUCGGAAUUUCACUGAUAGUCUUCCUGCAUUUGUUUUUGAUCCUUCUCUUGACUCCAAGAAGAGAUCCAAGCUCAUUGAAAAGGAAAUGAAUGAACAAGCCAAGAUCAUUAAUGAUUUACGUUCAUUAGGUGCCUCUCAUGGCACUAUUGAGCAAGAAAUGAGACGACUGCAAGAAUUGGAAGCUAUGGUAUUCAAAGAUUUCCGCAGGGAUAUGAUUCAGAAACUAAGGCGACAGAGUGUGAAAGCUUCUUCUAUAAAAGGCAAAUUUGGUCUUGGAUCCAAGGCCAGCACAUAUCGUUCCCGCUCUUUUAUUGUUCCAUCACCUACACCAGAACAUCAUUUAGAGAUGGAAAGCCCCGACGACGGCGGCGGCGCCAGCGUCAACUCCAACGGCAACUCGGCGUCGUUCGAGAGCUCCCCGCGCUCCGGCCCCUCGCGGUCGGCGUCGCUGCGCGUGCGCGGCCUGGGCGCCGGCGGGCCGCGCGUCACCUUCUCCGACACGCACAACAUGUGCAGGCAGUCGUCGCUGCCGAGCGCGGGCUCCGACCUGAGCCUGCCCGAGGGCGACGUGGAGUGGGACGUGGGCGUGGGGGCGCACCACAUGGACAUCGGCGGCGAGCGCGUGGAGCUGCGACGCCGCCCGCCGCCGGGCCUCGACGCCCCGGCCCGCACCGCCCCCCCCCCGCCUCUGCCCCGCCCCGCUCCGGCCCCCGCUCCCGCCCCAAGCCACGCACACGCGCCGCCAGCGCACCCGCGUCUACCCGCUGCGCCAACGCGCCCGCCAACGCCGCCGGCCCCGCCGACGGCA